CUGGCUGUCUGUAAACCUUUGUUCAUCUUUGACGGCCUGGAUGAAAGCAGACCUUCUCUGGACUUCAACCACAGGGAGCUUGUGUCUGAGGUCACACAGAGGUCAUCAGUCAACGUGCUGCUGACAAACCUCAUCCGGGGGAAUCUGCUUCCCUCGGCUCUCGUCUGGAUAACCUCCAGACCUGCGGCGGCCAAUCAGAUCCCUCCUGCAUGUGUUGACAGGGUCACAGAAGUACGAGGCUUCACUGAGGCCCAGAAGGAGGAGUACUUCAGGAGGAGGUUCAGUGAUGAAGAGCUGUGCAGCAGAAUCAUCUCACACAUCAAGACGUCCAGGAGCCUCCACAUCAUGUGUCAGAUCCCAGUCUUCUGCUGGAUCAGUGCUACAGUUCUGGAGCACAUGUUGACCACAGACCAGAGAGGAGAGCUGCCCAAGACCCUGACUGACCUGUACUCACACUUCCUGCUGGUUCAGACAAAGAGGAAGAACAACAAGUACGGUGAGGGACAUGAGACGACUCCACAGCAGCUGACGAGGACUGACAGGGACGUUCUCCUGAAGCUGGGGGAGCUGGCACUGAAACAUCUGGAGGAAGGAAACAUCAUGUUCUACCAAGAAGACCUGGAGCGGUGUGGUCUUAAUGUCACAGAGGCCUCGGUGUACUCAGGAGUUUGUACUGAGAUCUUCAGAAGAGAGUGUGUGAUCUUCCAGAAAUCAGUCUACUGCUUUGUUCAUCUGAGCGUUCAGGAGUUUCUGGCUGCAGUCUACAUGUUCCACUGUUACACCAAGAGGAAGAGAAAAGAACUCAAGAACUUCUUGGGAACAUAUAGGAACACAGACAGAACCUUCUCCCUGGAUGACCUCCUGAAGAGAACCAUGAAGAUAUCCCUCACCAGUACAAAUGGUCAUCUGGACCUGUGUGUUCGCUUCCUUCACGGCCUCAGUCUGGAGUCCAACCAGAGAGUCUUAGGAGGCCUGCUGGGUCGGACAGAGAACAAUCCAAAGAUCAUCCAGAGAGUCUUAGGAGGCCUGCUGGGUCGGACAGGGAACAAUCCAGAGAUCAUCCAGAGAGUCAUCAACAACCUGAAGGAGAUGAAGAGUGAUGACAUGUCUCCUGACAGAAGCAUCAACAUCUUCCACUGUCUGACUGAGAUGAACGACCACUCAGUUCAUCAGCAGAUGAAACAGUUCCUGACCUCAGAGAACAGAUCAGAGGAGAAACUCUCUGAGAUCCACUGCUCAGCUCUGGCCUACAUGCUGCAGAUGUCAGAGGAGGUUCUGGAUGAGUUGAACCUGAAGAAGUUCAACACAUCAGACCAGGGUCGACUGAGACUGAUCCCAGCUGUGAGGAACUGCAGGAAGGCUGUGUGAGUCCAGACAUGAUCAAUAACAUGUUCAAUCAGAGUGUGUGUGUGUGUGUGUGUGUGUGUGUGUGUGUGUGUGUGUGUGUGUGUGUGUGUGUGUGUGUGUGUGUGUGUGUGUGUGUGAGUGAGAGGUGUUUUAACAAAGAGGGGAUUUACCAGGGUGAGGGUCACAUGAUCAUGUUUUGUAUGAAUGUUGUGUUUUCUGAUUUAAUUCUCACAGAUUUGAUAUUUUCUUUAAUUACAGUCUCAGUGAUUGUUUCCUCUCAGAGACUCACUGUGAAGUCGUGGCCUCAGCUCUGAAGUCAGACCCCUCACAUCUGAGAGAACUGGAUCUGAGCUACAACAACCUGAAGGACUCAGUGAAGCUGCUGUGUUCUGGACUGGAGAGUCCAAACUGUCGACUGGAGACUCUGAGGUUGAAGUUCUGCUUUCUGUCAGAGAUCAGCUGUUCUUCUCUGGCUUCAGCUCUGAGGUCAAACCCCUCUCAUCUGAGAGAACUGGAUCUGAGUCUAAAUGUCCUGCAGGACUCAGCAGUGAAGGAGCUGUGUGGUUUUCUACAGAGUCCAACCUGUCGACUGGAGACUCUGAGGUUGAUGAGCUGCAGUCUGUCAGAGAUCAGCUGUUCUUCUCUGGCUUCAGCUCUGAGGUCAAACCCCUCUCAUCUGAGAGAACUGGAUCUGAGUAACAACAACCUGCAGGACUCAGGAGUGAAGGAGCUUCUUGAUCUACAGCAGAGUCCAACCUGUCGACUGGAGACUCUGGGGUCAGUAGAUGGUUGGAGUCAGUCCACGCUGCUUUCAUCAGUAUGUUACUAAACACAGUCAGUAUCACAGAUCCAGGGUCUGUGCUACCAAGCAGGAUUAUCAGGUUAACUUCAGGUUUAGUUUUUUCAGUUCUACGAAGCUCGUCCACUUCUUAACCAGGUCCAUCACCAUGGUAACUUCUGAUGACAGCUAACCUGCUCCAGGUUAAGUUGGAGAUCAACCCGUAUAGAAGCUCCGCCCACUGACCACAGUGACUCUACACUGUUGUGUGGUGCUCACUCUCCUUAAAGGGACGGAUAAGGGAAGUUUAAAUCAACGUCUGGUUGGUUCAGUUGAUCUCUAACUCACCCAGAACAUCUCAAUGUCUCCAGACUCAUCCUGUCCCCAAAACACCAGAUGACCUCAGCUUCCUGGAGACAGGUCCAUGUGUGUGUCCUCAGAGACAGUGAGUGUCCUCAGAGACAGUGAGACAGUGUGUGUCCUCAGAGACAGUGAGACAUUGUGUGUUCUCAGAGUCAGUGAGACAGUGUGUGUCCUCAAUGUCAGUGUGUGUCCUCAGAGACAGUGAGACAGUGUGUGUCCUCAGAGAUAGUGUGUGUCCUCAGAGUCAGUGUGUGUCCUCAGAGACAGUGAGACAGUGUGAAGAGGACAGUGUGAAGAGGACAGUGUGUGUGGACGGAGGCUGAGCUGUGUCCUGAGGAUCCAGAGGCUGAAGCAGCAGCAGCUUGUGUGUAGUCUCCAAUCUACACAACCCCUAAUCUGCAUGUGUUUGUGAGAUGAAGCCGGAGCACCUGGAGAAAACACGGGGAGAACAUGCAGACUCCACACAGGAAGACCCCAUCUGAACCGGAUUCAAACCAGCAACCUUCCUGCCCUGAUUGUGUUUAUUCACAUGAAGAAUGUGUUUAUUGAAAUGACACAACACAAGCAGAAUAUAUAAACCCUCUGUAAAGAGUCACAUACAGUGUGUUUAAGUUUGUCUUUAUUAUUGUCCACCUUUGUCCCUCAGUGUGUCUCCAUGUGUGUAGAACCACAUUCUGUGUAUAUGUUUGUUUAUGAUCUUAAAGUUCCUGGAUUCACGUCACAAAUUGAUUUAGUUCAACACAAAGUUCAACACAUUGAAAUCACUUUGAGUUUAAAAUCAGAGUUUUGUCUUUGACACAAAAGAUCAAAACUCUGGACUUAAAAAUGGGACGUUUUCAUUUCUGCAUCAGGUGCAGAGCGGUGGUGGCUUUUCUACUUUUGACCCACAGGUGGCGCUGCAGUAUAACAGCAGCACAUCCCAGUCAAAGCCUUUAUAUUCAGUCUAUGAGUCAAACACAUGGAUCAUUUCCUCUGUGACAAACCAGAUGUAACGAGAAGAAAAACAUCUCAGAGAGAAAAGUUCUGUUUCUACUUGUCUCUGCUUUAAUGCUCAAUAAACAUCCUUCCACCGA